AAACUGCAUGAGGAAUCAAGCCCUUUGAUUUGCUCACCAUUCUGAUUAUGCAGCCUCACAUCAGUCGGAGCAGAUGGACAAUCAAAGCAAAGUAAGAAGAAUGGGUGCGUUCUUAGACAAGCCAAAGAUGGAGAAGCACAAUGCUCACGGGGAGGGAAACGGCCUCCGCUAUGGACUCAGCAGUAUGCAGGGAUGGCGUGUGGAGAUGGAGGACGCACACACUGCUGUGAUGGGGCUGCCUUACGGCCUCGGCCUGUGGUCCUUUUUUGCCGUUUACGAUGGGCACGCAGGCUCUCAGGUUGCCCGUUACUGCUGUGAGCAUCUGCUGGAACAUAUUACCAGCAACCCAGACUUCAGGGGAGGGUGCUCAGGAGGUGCGGAUUUAGUUGCUGCCGAGCCCUCUGUGGAGAGUGUGAAAUGUGGAAUCCGCACAGGCUUCCUGCAAAUCGACGAGCACAUGCGGGCCAUGUCCGAACGCAAGCAUGGGGCGGACCGCAGUGGCUCCACAGCGGUGGGCGUGAUGAUUUCCCCUCAUCAUUUCUAUUUCAUCAACUGUGGUGACUCCAGAGCCUUGCUGAGCCGCAAGGGUCGCGUUCACUUCUUCACCCAGGACCACAAGCCGUGUAACCCUCUGGAAAAGGAGAGAAUCCAGAAUGCAGGUGGUUCUGUUAUGAUCCAGAGGGUCAACGGCUCUCUCGCCGUCUCCCGUGCUCUCGGCGACUUCGACUAUAAGUGCGUGCAUGGGAAAGGUCCUACUGAGCAGCUGGUGUCCCCUGAGCCAGAAGUGUAUGAGAUCGAACGCUCUGAUGCCGAGGAUGAAUUUGUGGUGCUGGCCUGCGAUGGUAUAUGGGAUGUCAUGGCCAAUGAAGAACUGUGUGAUUUUGUGCGCUCGCGCUUGGAAGUGACAGAUGACCUGGAGAGAGUGUGUAAUGAGAUUGUAGACACCUGUUUGUACAAGGGUAGUCGAGACAACAUGAGUGUGGUGCUGGUAUGUUUUCCUGGUGCUCCAAAAGUCAACCCAGAAGCCGUGAAGCGAGAGGCGGAGCUAGAUAAGUACCUGCAGAACAGAGAGGGUGGAGCAUGUAAAAAGGCGAAUAAAUAAUGUAUUACAAAGAUGAAGAGAGAGGGUUAUAGAAAGUGAGCAUUCGUAAUUAGGUGAGUUUGUUAGAGGGCAGUUUACACUUGCCAAUUAAAUAUACGUUACAGUUAACGUAAAGUUUCCAAUUAACGAAUCCCCAUAUUGGAGAGGAAAGACUCACUGGUACUGUAUUAGCACAGUUAGGACUAUUCAGGAUCAAUUUUACCAGAGCGAAUCACAACGGUGUGAAUUUAUUUGAGCUUGUAUUGAUAAUUAGAGGCCUUUGAUUAUUUAUUGCCAAUAUUGAAAAGCACUUACACAAUUUAGAUGUAGCCUGUAGCUUUAUCUGAGGUUUUAUUGUAGUGCAUCCAAAAAUCCUCCGCUCCUGUGCGUAUUACACGUCUGUAUUGGCGUAUUAUUAGCUACUAAGUGAUGGUAAGUGCAAUUGUAGAUUAGGAAAAAGGAAUGACAAAACCCAACAUUUGGUUCUGCACUUUGUCAUUAAACGCUGCUAUACUUAAAGGCAUCUUCUAUUAAUAAGAGAGAGAGACCAAAUUUGAGAUCUCAGUUAGAAUACAAUAUGUUUAUGUGUUCAAAACCGGAUUAAUACAAAGUGUAGUUUUGCGUUUGUUCUUCGGAUAGUUGUAUUCAUCCACUCGUACGAGUUUGUGUUUAAGUCUGGCACCCGUUUCAUUUGCAUCUUUCUGAAAAGUCAUUCUAGAUGAGAGUGAAUGUCAGGCCUCCAUUGCUGAUUACCUGAAAUUGUAGCUGACACUACUGUACAUGGCCUGAUGGUGCAGUUUUAUGUCUACAGCAGUGGCCAUGAGCAUUUUAAUCUGCAUGAUUCCUGUUCUGUAAUAUGGAACAUUGUUGCCUUAGUCCUAAUUUACAGCAACUACCUUGAUUAGACUCAGUAGGUUAACUCCAGCUGCUUGGAAGAGUAAUAUUAAAUCCAAUGGACACAUGGUACUGAAAGCAUGCACAGUACCGAUAGCACGAUAAGUUGUGUACACCUCCUGCAUGUACGCUACAUUAAAAAAAACAGGGAUAGAUCUUAUUUAGAGUUAAGUUGGUCUGACAGAAGUUUUACACUUUGUACAGUAUACAUUUGUAACCCCUGAGGAACAGCGUCCGUGUGAACUGAACAUAGUAUUUGAAAGAUCGUGUCAAUGUUUUACAAUCCUCUCCGAGUUGUUUACUACUUGUUGCCUCAAACUGACAAUUUGUCAAUCCUCUGGUUUGUCUAUAUAACUAUUAAGAAAUAUUAUGUAGUUAGGAAAUUCUAGGUACGUAGAGUGGGAUUCAGCCUGUCAGCACUUUCUGAGAUGUAGAUCCUUGUUGGAACAAUGAUGUAAUAUUUAUAGUACAAUAAUUGUACACCUGCUCUUUAAAACCCUACAAGAUUUGGCUUUGUUUUCUCUUUCUGUACCUAAGAUCUUGCAAGCAUUUCAUUUAAUGUUCAUAUUUUUGAACCCCUUGGACUUGUCCUAACAUGGUGCGACGCACAUCAAGAACUUAACGCCAAGCAAUUUGUCUGUCGUUUAAGUGAUAGUUCACGUAAAAUUGAAAAUUCUUUCAUCGUUUACUCACCCUCAUGUCGUUCCAAGCUCAUAGAAACUCAUUGAAAUCUUUGGAUCCCAUUGAGUUUCAUGAUAUUUGAAAUUCUUUGGGGUUUGGAGUAAAUGUUGACAGAAUUCUCAUUUUUGGCAGAACUAAAAAUGGGGCUUGAUGCAACACAAUCAGUCACAAAACUUAGCCAAUCAGAACAGUUCCCACUGUUUGCUUGCUCCAUUUGUCAUAGAAUAUGUAAUGAUUCGAACGUCCACAACUAGUUUCUCCUUAUCCGUGGUUGAUGUUUAAUAUACAUGAAGUAGAUAUCCUUGAGCACUUCAGUCUGUGGACGAGGCGACUGGCACAGAAAAAGGAGCCAUGCUACCAACAAAAUGUAGCAUUGUAUCGCUUCGCACCUGGUUAGGACACGGAAUAAGAACACAAACUGAUUUUCUUGGCUGCAUUGGUAAAGGAUGGGGUGUUCUUUUUAUUUAUCUAAAUUUCCCCUUACAGCCAAAAGAUCCCCAAUGUUUUGUCUUGUAUUUUACCAGGAUAUAUAUUUUAGCUUUAAGAUGUUUAACUGAAUGAAAAACAUAGCGUGCCUGCUCUGAGAGAACUCUUGGGAUUAAAAUGAUUGUAGGUUGUUCCUGUACCAUAUCAAUUUCAUUUUGCUUGGUUUGCUGUAUUUCCUCACUGUUUGACAUGGCUUGACACACCUGCCGAUAAUCCACUGUUUAUUAAAUUAGCCUUAAUUUUCUUCCAUAAUAGCACAUCUGAGAUCUGUAUGCUUUGAUGAGACAUGUCACGUGUUUAUAUACCUACAAAGAGUGACUAGGUCCUUCUGGGAGAGCCUUUAAUUGUGCCUACGAGUGAGUCUAUGGCCAGUUGUAGCAUUUCAAUUAACUUUCUUAAUCUUUUGAGGUGGUUUUGUUUGUUUGUUUAGUAAUAUUUUAGUCCACUCAUGCAUAAUUGCAUUGGUGAGCACACUUGUCCCCUUAAAAAAAGUGCCAUGCGAGUGACUAACCCAUUCACCUAAGAUUAUCGCAAAGCGCAACUCAAACCCCCAAUGAGUCAAACAUUGGGUGGGACUCUUAGUGGAAAUAUUGCCUUACUGAAAAACAAAGCAGGCAUUAAAUGGGCCAAAAAGUGUUGUAUAAGACAUUGCCUUGAUUUCUAACACUGUAGCACGAUCAAAUUGACACAUAGUUGACAUUUUCUUUUCCCUAUACAAGAGUGCCCUUCUACAAAGUUCAUUGGAUUUUCAGUGAAGCAACCAACUGCAAAUAAAAUACACCUUUGUAACACAGGAUCAUUUCAAAAUGUAUCUUCUGGAGUGUUAAUCUAGGGCAAACAGAGCCCGCUUAUUGUCAUACUUGCACUGUGUUGUGCUGUUGGUCCCUGUGUGUCACUUCUGUCUUUACCUCUCAGGUCCAAACUGACAAGCAACAGAGGACACUAUUUAUUUGAAUUAUUUAUUGUCUUUAUAGUAUUUUACCUCUUUUGAAUGAAACUGUUCUUGCAUUCCAUUUUAUUUAGCCAAAUAAGCACUACUAAUGCAAUGAAAUGCUUAUAUUCUUUUUUCCUUGUAUUUAUUGUUAUACAUCCAUGUCAUGAGUAGUUCACGUGAACUGAAAGUUACGUGAGUUAAAAAAAAUGCACCAUGUCUCGGGUUCAUCUACACAAAGUAGUUUCUUCACAUGAUGUUUGUGCUUUUCACUUUUCUGUCAGAGUAGAUCGGUCCAAGGUUGACGAUGUGUAAGGGUUAUAAUCUAUGAUCGGUCCUUUCUUAACCCAGCAGACUGUUUGUGUCUGUGUUUGUUCAAUUUUACCUCUCAGAAGGUAACAGUUUUAUAAAGCUCAUUUUGAAAGAUUUUUCAAAUACAAUUUCAUAGAAAAGUAUUUCAAUAUUAGAGGGUGAGCACCCAGUAUUUUCUUUCUUUAGUUUUUAUUUUUGUACAUUAGCACCCGGGUAUUAGCAAUGUAGACAAACUGUGAUCUUGUCAUUCUUGGCUGUCAAAGAUGAUUCAAAUAAAAUUAUUUACGAAAA